CGUCAUUUAUUCGACAUUAACCUUGUUAAAUACUAAAAAUAUAAAAGUAAUGGAAGCGAUAACUGCAUACACAUACCAAGAACAACAACUGGUAAUAAAAAGCGCUAUACGAAAACAAGCAGAUAAAAAGAAACACGAAGCAAUACUAGAGAACCAUUUUAACCUUAGAACCAAUUCGAUCGAAGGCUACUUUAUUAGACUCUCAGCUGACAGCAAAAAGCAGUAUAUUUUACAAUUACUGGAAAAUCUAAAGUCGCACUUAAGUCUGUAUCAGAUCUUUAGCGUAUUGUCUCUAGGACAUGCUAAGAUGGAUUUUUACUCAAUCGUGGAUCCAGAGACAAACUUUGUACAUGAAAAGCUUGGAUUAGAUCAUGAUAGAAUGCUGGAUAAGAAAACUUUGAAAGAAGCUAUAGCUACAGACUUAGAAUGGUUUGCAACAUUAGAUGAGCAUGAGCAGAUGAAUUUUACCUUGCACCUUAUUCGGAUAGCUGGAGGUUCUGGUAAAGGCAGUUUGUAUAUGCCGUUGUAUAAAAUUUAUAAAAAGACUUUAGGUGACUUUGUAAAAACUCACACUUAUUCCAAAAAAUCGGUGAUAGAUGACGAUAGUGAUGACGAUGAUCUUAUUUUGCCUGAGUAUGACCCGAAAGAUCCAUCGUCAGUUGAAGUGGAAAAGCAAAGAAAAAAGUGGACGGAGCUUCUAAAUAAAUAUAAAGGUGAAGUAUACCCAAUACCUGUGGCCAGUAAAAUAAAAUUGACGAAAGACGAAAAAAAUGGCAAGAAGAAACAAAAGGAAAAGAAACCAAAGAAAUCUAAGAAAGAUAAAAAAGUUAAAGAAGAGUCGGAGGCAAAGAAAGUUACAAUGUUUCAGUUGUUACCAAUUUGGAUCGUCAAGAAAAUACUCUGCUACUUAAGCAACACAGACCUGGUAAAAUUAAAAAAAGUUAACGCUUACUGGUCAUUUGUUAUAUCGGAAGUUUUGAAGGAAAGAACAACCAGACUAAAGCUGAACGAUACCCUAGAAAAAAUGAAAACAGCUAUUGAUCCAGAAAUUUUCGAGAAAGCAAUGAAAGAAAAAUCUAUUCCGGGGCAAAAGAUAAAACACGUGUUUUACGAACUGACAGCUACCGAUAAAAAACUCAUCCCAAAAGAGACUAAAAAUGCACAGGAGAAAUGUCUUCAACGAUCUGCUAAUGAAGACAGAGAAGAUUUGGACUUGCCAACAGGCGAAUUUAUACCAUUUCCAAGGUACAUUAAAAAGGAAAUGGAACUGUAUAGAUACCGUCCAUGCUUCUUACAAGAUGUUGGUAUUAAAUUUGAUAUUGAUGGUGAAAUUGAAAAACAGAAGUCAUUCCUUAGUUACUCCCUAGCUAAAUCUCUUACCAGCCUUAAACUAUCAGUGCAAGAAGAUAUGCUUAGUGGGUGGUAGGACAAAAUGAUUAUAUAUUUUUUUAGUAAUUAUGUUUAAAUUAAAGGUACAUCUUCAAACA